AGAAUGCAUUGAAGAGCCGGCCGUUCGAGGAGAUUCGAGAUGUCCGCCGUAACCAGCCCGUAUGGCCCCACGGAGAUGCUUUCCGACUCGGUGUACAACUACGCGACGACUCGGCGGGGCACCGCCGACCAGGACAGCGACUCCCAGUACGAGGGCCAGGCCCAGCUGCAGAUCUCGAGCAUCCAGAAGCCGCGGAACAAACGUAAGAACUUCAAACCGAUCAGCAGCCGCAUGGUCGAGGUGUCCGACGAGUCCGACAAAGACGACGACGAGCUGGAGGCGAUCGAAGAGAGUUCCAGCGAGAUACUCGAGUACGAGAGGAAGACGAUGCUGCUACCGGCCGAGGACAGGUCCAAACAGAGGCUGAACAACAACGAAGUGAGCCCGAUGGACCUGUCGGUGGCCACGAGGCCACCCUCGUCCGAGGCCGACGACGAUAGCGGCGACUCGCUCAGGCACAAGUUCAUUUUGGAACAGCUUCGCUCUGAGAAGCUUUACUCACCCGGUACCGAGGCGCGGAGUCCGAAUUCCGAGUCCUCAGAGAAGAGCGGAAGCGGCGUUAUGGACACGGAAUCCGGCCGAUUGGACGAUACCCCGUUCGAGGAUGACCGGGGCCAGGACGGGGGCGACGGCGAUGCUGAAUGCGAGGAGAGGAAACCGUACGAGGGGAUGGGGGAGUUCGUCGAAUCGACGAUGCAGGAGCUCCUGGCGGUCUACGGCUUCGCCGGUGGUGAAUUGGCGAAGUCGGUGAGCAGGCAGCUACCGCCGACCUUCCUGAACCCGGCGACCGGUGGCCAUCAGCCUCACG